GUGUAUGUGUGUGUGUGUGUGUGUAUGUAUGUAUGUAUGUAUGUAUACACACAGACAGAGCCUGAAAGAAGUGAAAGAAUGAUCCAUUCCAAGACGAUGUUGAAGAUUGAGAAAUCUGCAUGUCGCUGGAUGCAUUUGACGGUGCUCUGGGUUUGUGGGUUGCGAGCAAACUGAGCUCAACAUCAUGUUUAUCGAUCCUCACCCCCUCCUUAGAACACAAAAGGAGUACAACAUGUUUGUUGUUUCGACUGGUAGAAUCGCUGAAUGAGCAACCUGAAGGUUGCGGUUUUGAUGCACUGAUUAGCAGGUGGGUGGUGAGGAUGCGUGGAAGCGUUCUCUCGUGAGCAGUCUGGUUUCGUUUCACAUGCAAACUUGGUUGAAAGAUGCUUCAGUGAUCGACGUUUCGGAAAUGCAUCGGGAUCAGUGUCGGCAUCUCUUCCUAUCUCUUCACGAGGAAUUGCCUCGCCCCAGUUUAAAUUAUCUCGGCAGAGGCCAUCGUUGGGGUUUGCAUCGUUUGUUGCGUUGAGUUUCUUGCGAGGUGCUUGGUGACCACCAGACCUGCGAGAUGUUGCAAAUAAUUUUCAAGUCUAAGGAGGCGGUUGGUGUUAGAAACUGUGUCACUGAGCCUACGCAAGUGGGGUUUUAGACUCUGUGAGGGAGCGUCCCCUGAGGAUAUGGAUGCCAUGGCAGUAUCGGUUGAAGAUGGAGUGCAGCACAGUCAUGCUGGGCAAGAUGAGCAAGCAAGGGUCAGCAACGGUGGUCCGGUGGCUUUCGUAUGGAGACUAUUUGCAAGAAUAGCAAGCUACAUCACCCGAAUACGUCGUUUCUUUGUCUUCUCGGUGGCCGUGGGGGGAAAUCUAGUACUCAGGGAAGAAGGAAAAAUUUCGAAGAACGACAACAAGGUUGAGGAAUACAUACUUGUGGAAACCCCUGGAGCUUGUGAGCCUGAAAUUGUUGAAAUAGUUGUCUUUCAGCAGGAAGCUAUUAAUCCUGGUCCUCAUAACGUUGAUUCAAGAGCGGUGGAGCUCCAUCAUGAAGAUUGCGGAAGCAAACGCAAUGCGCCAACCAAGGAAGACCACCAAUUACGAGUUUCUGUGGCCCAUCACCCAAAUCUUGAUGUCGAGGAAUAUGAAGUUCGUGCGAAUGAGCCUACAUCAGCUAUCAGACAGGCCACAACCGAUCUUCGCCCAGGGGUGCUAACUUGGGAGAACUGUGACUCGAAGUUUGUGGAGCUAUAUCUUGAGGAUUGUGGAAACAAGUGCACCGUCCAUAUCAAGGUGGCCCAGGAGUUUGAAACUUGGGACGCUAUUAAUUCCACACUAUUAAGGGCUGACAACCAUGAGCAUCAUACAAUUGAACGAACAUCAGCCAUUGUCCUGCCCACAAACGACCAUUACCGGCAAGAACAAAUUGUGGCGACCUGUGGAACUGUCGAUGUAUCACCCCUGGAGCUCAAUCUUCAUGACCAUUCCAAAGCAGACACAGAUCAAGCUGACUUUACUCAAGAGAAAAUUGCUUCCCAAGAGAAGAAGUUUCUGGAUGUUGACAUAAUCAGCGACAAAUGCGUUUUUCUUCAAUCCCCCUCCCCGCUCAGUGUUACAAAUGAUAUUGCCAAGUCGCUGAAAGUCUCCUCCCUUGAAUCACCGAAGAAGAGCACAAGCUCACCGAAGCUCAACAAAUACAAUUCCAUACAGCAGCUUAAUGCAAUCGUUGGGGAGCAAUUGAUCAAGUACUUACAGUUUCUGGAGAGGAGCGUCGUUCCUGGAAAAUUGGAACACGCAACUUGGAAGACGACGCAAAGGCGGGCUAUCAUCUUGGUCACUCUGGUUGCCAUUGCAGUGUGGGCUAGAAACGCCAAGCAUUUGCAUGAAUCCAUGCCACGCAUUAGGGGCUUUGCUAUCAAUGUACAUAUCAGGAGCCGCUUGUAACUGGACUAUCUUAACGCAGGUUUUUGCAGCAUUGUAGAGUAGUGCAGCUCUCGCUGGGGUAAACUUUGCAAGAAAAAUGUAGAGACAGUUUUUGUCGUUUGUACCAUAGCCUAGAAUACCGUUGUCGCAUACAAUUUCCCCUGAAGUUAUUCCUUGAUUUAACUUUCAUGCCAAUGCGUUUGUUUAUAUUACAAAAAUGUAAGCUGGCAUUGACUUUACUAGACUUGGCGACAUUGUUUACGUUU